AUGACCACCACCCUCACAUCACCACACCACCACACCACCCCCACCCUCCACAUCACCCCCACCUCCACCACCCCCAUCCCACAUGAAUACCAUCUCCCACACUACCACCCACACCACAAAGUUGAGGGCCAAGACAAGAGAGACUCCCUCCGAAUGAGUGCGAAGGGAUGCCGGACAAACAACGGGUUUGUCCAAAACGAAGACAUUGUGGAGAGAGUGCCCGAUGGAGGCAGCCGGGAGGACAGUCCACAAGCCAGCCCCGUGGCCAUCCCCGGCCUGGAAGCGCACGACUUCAAGGGCGCGCAGCCCUAUGCGGGGAUGCCCAAGGAAGUGCUGCUGCAGUUCUCCAGCCAGGCCCGCUACCGGCUGCCGCGGGAGAUCUUCUUCUGGCUCACCGUGGUCUGCGUGCUGGUGCUCAUCAGCAUCACCAUCGCCAUCAUCGCCCUCUCACCAAAGUGCCUGGACUGGUGGCAGGCGGGGUCCAUGUACCAGAUCUACCCACGGUCUUUCAGGGACAGUGACCAGGACGGGAACGGAGAUCUGAAAGGUAUUCAAGAGAAACUGGACUAUAUUACAAAUUUAAACAUAAAAACAGUUUGGAUUACUUCACUGUAUAAAUCAUCCCUUAAAGAUUUUCGACAAGGUGUUGUGGAUUUUCGAGAAAUUGAUCCCAUUUUUGGAACAAUGAAAGAUUUUGAGAAUCUAGUUGCAGCUAUACAUGAUAAAGGCCUAAAAUUAAUAAUCGACUUCAUACCAAACCACACCAGUGAUAAGCAUGCUUGGUUUCAAUUAAGUCGGAACCGUACGGGAAAGUAUACUGAUUAUUAUGUCUGGCAUGAUUGUUCCCACGUCAAUGGUGUGACCACCCCACCCAACAACUGGGUAAGUGUAUAUGGGAAUUCCAGUUGGCACUUUGAUGAAGUACGAAAGCAGUGUUAUUUUCAUCAGUUUCUGAAAGAGCAACCAGAUUUGAAUUUCUACAAUCCUGACGUUCAAGAAGAAAUAAAAGAAAUUAUGCAAUACUGGCUUGAGAAGGGUGUUGAUGGUUUUAGUUUCGAUGGUGUUAAAUUUCUUCUGGAAGCAAGACAUCUGAGAAAUGAGAUUCCAGUGAACAAGAGCCAAAAUCCGGACAUGAUCACAGACUACUUGGAUCUGUACCAUGACUUCACCACCACGCAGGUGGGAAUGCACGACAUUCUGCGGCGCUUCCGACAAACCAUGGACCUGUACAGCAGGGAGCCUGGGAGGUACAGGUUCAUGGGGACUGAAGCCAAUGACGAGAGCGUUAGCCGGACCAUGAUGUACUAUGGACUGCCUUUUAUCCAAGAAGCAGAUUUUCCUUUCAACAAUUACCUCACCACACUGGACACACCUGGGAAUAGUGUAUUUAAUCAAGCUCUCAUGUCCUGGAUGGAAAACAUGCCAGAAGGAAAAUGGCCUAAUUGGAUGAUUGGUGGGCCAGAUAAUUCUCGGUUGACGUCUCGUAUGGGGAAAGAAUAUGUCAAUGCCAUGAAUAUGCUCAUUUUAACACUUCCUGGCACUCCCAUAACUUACUACGGUGAAGAAAUAGGAAUGAGAGAUAUUUUACCUACGAAUCUCGAUGAGAGCUACAAUCCUAAUACCCUUCUCUCAAAGUCACCAAUGCAGUGGGACAAUAGCUCCAAUGCUGGCUUUUCUGAAGGCAAUCAUACCUGGCUACCUACCAGUUCAGAUUACCACAUUGUGAAUGUUGACGUGCAGAAGACUCAGCUUGGAUCUACUCUGAAGUUAUAUCAAGAAUUAAGUUUACUUCACGCCACGGAGUUGCUUCUCAACAGAGGGUGGUUUUGCCACGUGGGGAAUGAUAGGGACGCUGUUGUGUACACAAGAGAGGUGGAUGGAAUUGACAGAGUCUUUACUGUGGUUCUGAAUUUUGGAGAAUCAACAACAAUGAUAAAUCUAGCAGAAAUGAUUUCAGGAAUUCCCCCAAAUGUAAGCAUCAGGUUAAGUACCAAUUCUGCCAGUAAGGACAGUGUGGUUGGCACCAAUGCUAUUAAACUGGACAAGGGAGAAGGACUUAUUCUUGAAUACAAGACAAAGCAUUUCCUUCAUCUCCAAACGGCUUUCCGAGACAAAUGUUUUGUUUCCAGUCGGGCAUGCUAUUCCAACGUGUUAGACAUACUGCACAGUGUGUGCUGA